UACAGUAUAAAAGGGAGAACGGAACGCAAUAACGGUCAUUUUAAGAGAAUAGCCUUGUAAAUUAAGUCACUAUGGCAGAGCAAGCAGUACUCGUUGACAUGGUGAAAAGAGACCCGAAUGAGAUUAACACUGAUGUACAGGCUAAUUUUGAAGACGUACUUGCUGAACCUGACGGUACCCACAGCUUUGAUUGCAUCUGGAAGUUCAGUUACGUGUGUUUCAGUGGAGGGAAGGAUUGCUGCUAUAAGUUGCUGAGCACGUUAUUUGGUCUGUGUAUAGCUCUGUUAUGGGGCUGUGAGUUUGCAAUUAUCACCUUCGAGAUGGUAUGGUGCUACACUCCCAUGCUAAAAGCCUACACGAUUUCCAUGGGACUCCAACAGAAGUUCUUCUCUGUUUGUAUCAACUGCUGUUUGGCGCCUGUCUGUCAAACUUGUGGACUUUUCUUCAGUAACAUUAAUGUUAAGAACGGAUAAAUUGUUGAAUGAGAACGAAGAGGCAACAUUUACACGAAGCUUCUACAUAGACUAUUCUAGUGUUUCUGAAAGAUCUGCGACUAUUCGAGUACUUCCGAGUGAUCUGUUACUAGCUUCGAUUAAGUGUAAUCUCAAUGCGCUCCCUGUUAAUACUUGGCUGUGAUAAAAAGCAAACAUUACUCAAUAGCUGCUCUUUUGCAUUAUAAUAGAAGUGAAAUACUUGUGAUAUCUUAGCCAAUAGCUGCUCUUUUGCUUUGUGAUAGAAGUCAGAAAUGUGAUAUUUUAAAGUUCAUUCGACUUUACAGUCAUUAAAAUUGUAUAAGACAAA